CUAGAUUCACAAAAAACUGAGAGAGAGAGAGAUGGAGAGCAAAUUGGUGAAAUGGGGUUUGAAGAAUGAGAAAGAGGGUGGUGUGAGUGUGACCAAUAGAGAUUUGAUCAAAAAAAUAAGUGAAAAUCUUAACAAAAAUGAUCCAAGAUCAAUCAUCAACCUUGGCAAUGGAGAUCCAACUCCAUUUCCAAGCUUCAAAACAACCCUUGUUGCAGAAGAAGCCCUUCUCAAUUCCCUUCACUCCAACUCCUUCAAUGGCUAUCCUCAUCCUUAUGGUGUUUCCACAGCUAGAAGGGCUGUUGCAAAUCAUUUGAGUGGAGAUCUUCCGCACAAGCUGUCCGAGGAUGACGUGUUCAUAACCUCGGGGGCGAGCCAGGCGAUCGAGCUCCUGCUCACGAUCCUGGCUCGCCCCGGGGCCAACGUCCUCCUCCCACGGCCCGUGUUUCCGCUUUACAAAGCACGUGCCGAGCUCGUGGGGCUAGAGGUCCGCCAGUUCGACCUCCUGCCCCAACGGGACUGGGAGGUCGACCUCGACGCCGUCGAAGCCAUGGCUGAUGAUGGGACCAUUGCCAUGGUGGUCAUCAACCCUGGCUACCCUACUGGAAAUCUUUUCACAUUGGAACAUAUGCAAAAGAUUGCUGAAACUGCGCAAAGGAAGGGGAUUAUUGUGAUUGCAGAUGAAGUUUAUCGACACAUUGUUUUUGAAAGUCAAGAAUUUAUACCAAUGGGGAUUUUUGGAUCUCUAACUCCCAUCCUGACCGUUGGAUCACUCUCCAAGAGAUGGCUCAUCCCGGGCUGGCGUGUCGGUUGGAUCGCGGCUUCCGAUCCCAACCGACUCCUUAGUACAUCGGGGAUCAUUGAAUCCAUUCAAAAAUAUCUAUGUAUGACAUCUAGCCCUGCAACCCUAAUUCAGGGAGCGAUUCCAGAGAUCUUCGAGCGGACACCGACCGAUUUCUUUGACAAAAUUGUUGUCACUCUUAGAGAAUCUGCAGAGAAAUGCUACCGACUUACCAAUGAAAUCCCAUGCAUAACUUGUCCCACCAAACCUCAAGGAUGCAUGUUUGUCAUGAUAAAAUUGAAUGUGGCUAUGUUGGAAGGGAUUGUAGAUGAAUUGGAUUUUUGUUGCAAACUUGCUAAGGAGGAAUCCGUCAUACUUCUCCCAGGGAUUGGCGUAGGGCUGAAGGGUUGGAUGCGAGUAACAUUUGCCAUUGAGCCUUCAUACAUAGAUGAUGCAUUUGGAAGAAUCAAAGCUUUUUACCUGAGGCACGCGAAGAAAUCAUACAGUAAUGGCUCUUCAUUUACCUCGUAGUCGUGGUAACUCGAAUCUCUGACCCAGAAAGAGAGUCAAUUCAUCCUAUUGUGUGUUGUGUGUUUGAUCUUGCAGGGUUUGAGUCAUUUAAAUUCUUCUACAUUUUACAAAUCAUUUUGUAUUUUGCUUUGAUUUUCAUCAAGUGUGACGUGAACAUGUAGUAAAGUUUGUGUUGUGCUAAAGUAUUGUGAUUUAUAAUUUAUUUUUCGAUUUC